CCGGCAGGCGCCUCGUCGGAAGGAGCUUGUGCUCUUGAGUGAGAUGAGGGUCUGACAGAGGGCACAGGGGUGGAUGCUAAAGAGGAUGCGCCGGCCGAUGGAGCAUCCCCAUUUCACUACACUCGAAACCGGGUUUUGGAGGGAGAAAACUUGAGAAUUAAAAAAAUAUAUCACGUUUGUUUUUUACUGGCUUUUAAAGCACAUCAGCAGAAGCCCGUAUUUUCCCGGGCACCGUCGACGGUGAGGCUGAGCUGCUGUAAUCUUGGAGGAGGAGGCGGAGGAUGGUACGUGAUGAUAAACCUGGAGUGUACAUCAAGUGUUUUAUCCACAAGGAGCGGAGAUGAGGCGACGUCUGGACAAAAGAUGUCCGAGCGGCUUUAAACGCAUCAUCUGCGGCGGUAAAACUCUCUAAAAUCAAUCCGUGGAUGGACUUUAUUUUUUAUUUACGGUAAAUUGAGAAUCGUGUGGCCAAAGCUGGGAUUUAUGAAUCGAUUUUUUGUGUUGUUGAAAUUCACAAAAUCGUGUAAAAUUACUCUUUAAUAAUUUACAUAUUUUGUCAAAUUUGACCAAAGGUUAUUUUUGAUUAAGCCUUAAGCUAACUUCGAAUAGUAGUUACGUUAGCUUCUUUUUUGAAUACUUUCUCUGUCAAAACAAACAAAGAACAUUCCCCUCGGAUUCUCCUCCCGGAUUUAAACAUCUGGCUCUUAAUUGUACUGUAAAUCAGUCUCCCUCUGCUGUCAGUUUAGUCCCGAGUUUAGCCCGAUAAUCCCGCAUAACUGAUGAUGAGUUGGGCUUUAUUUGGCUAACGGUUGUUGUAGCAUCGAGCGCGCGCGCGCUGCUGUUUUUCUGUCAUCACCAUGCCUGCACCGACUCGUUUUGUUCCGACCGAGCCGGCCCAAACCAAGCACCCGAGGACAUAAGAGCACACCGAGCCAUGUCGGACUGAGACAGCGGAGUGGCUCCGCCGGUCGGGACCUCAGAGCAGCUUUAUUUAGGGACAGCGGAUCAAGCGGCAGCGGCUAGCCUGAGUCCUGCCAGAGCGACGGGAUCGUUCUUCGACUCAACUCGGCACCGGAAUCUAACAAAAAUGGGGGAGCAGCCCAUCUUCAGCACCAGGGCCCACGUCUUCCAGAUCGAUCCAAACACCAAGAAGAACUGGGUUCCCACCAGCAAGCACGCCGUCACCGUCUCCUACUUCUUCGAUAGCACCAGGAAUGUCUAUCGGAUCAUCAGUCUGGACGGAUCCAAGGCCAUCAUCAACAGCACCAUCACCCCCAACAUGACCUUCACAAAGACGUCGCAGAAGUUCGGGCAGUGGGCCGACAGCCGGGCCAACACCGUGUACGGCCUGGGCUUCUCCUGCGAGAGCCACCUGGCGAAGUUUGCGGAAAAGUUCGCCGAGUUUAAGGAAGCGGCGCGGUUAGCCAAGGAGAAGUCUCAGGAGAAGACGGAGCUCACCAGCACUCCCUCUCAGGAGUCGGCACCAGCUGACCUGCAGUCGCCUCUGACCUCUGAGAGCGUCAACGGUACAGCCGACGACAGACUCGCCGCAGACGCCAACCAGCACGCCGACACACGGGCAGAGCCCUCCCAGAAUGCACUGCCCUUCUCUCACAGUUCAUCCAGCAUCAACAAACACUGGGAGGCGGAGCUCGCGGCGCUGAAGGGCAACAACGCCAAGCUGACGGCGGCUCUGCUGGAGUCCACGGCCAACGUCAAGCAGUGGAAGCAGCAGCUGGCGGCCUAUCAGGAGGAGGCAGAGCGGCUACACAAACGGGUGACCGAGCUGGAGUGCGUGAGCGUCCAAACCACGGUGAUCAAAACCCAGAAGACGGAGCUCAACAGAACGAUAGAGGAGCUGGAGGCGGCUUUGAGGGCCAAAGAGGAGGAGCUGGAGAGACUGAAAGCAGAGGUGGAGAGUGCCAACGAGUUCAAGUUUCAGAAGGACUCGCUCCUGCAGAAGCUGGAGGACACCGAGGCGAGGAACCGGACUCUGGAGGCGCAGCUGAGCGACCUGGAGCAGCGCCUGGAGGGCAUCCAGCUGGAGAGGGAGACCUACCGGAAGAACCUGCGCUCCCUGCUGGAGAUGCUGGACGGCAAGAUCUUCGAGCUGACGGAGCUGCGCGACACGCUGGUCAAGCUGAUCGAGGGCAGCUAGGAAGAGUCCGCCCCCUCCCCACGGCACAGCACUUGCACCGUUCUGCACGUCGGUACCGGCAUCACGCCACGACUUGAAUUUUUUCAUUUGUCACGUGUCAGAGUUUACAUGCGACCCCACGCAUCAGCGGUACACACGGAUUGUUUACAAGCAGCCAAGGGGAAGCCUUCCCCCCCUUGCUCCACUCUGGACCCCCAUCUCAUCGCUCCCUCCAUUCAGUUGUCACGGAAACAGCGAACUAUUGGGGGGGGGGGGACUGCCACGUCUCCUACAUUCAGUAUAUGAGCAAUACGAAAAACAUCACUUUAAAACCCUUUUCACCUUCAGGUAUAGAUGGCUCCGCCCUCGCAGAAACGAAAAGAGGUGGAGCUUAAUUCAGCCGCUUUUCUUUCAAUACGUUUAUUUAAACAAACCUUUUAUACUCCAGUUGUGUGUGGACGAAUCAGAUGUCUGCUUUUCUUCUCGACUUGAAUUUCCACGACUGAAUUCUUUUUGUUAAAAAAAUUUUUUUUUUUUCUUAAAUUAUCGUCAAUCGAGAUAACUUUAUUUUUACCUCGUUCUUUUUCCGGCUAGGCGGCCGUCAGAUGGAAAAACGGGCGAUGUCUUUGUUACGAGAAAGCGGCGGUACGAGAAUCUUUCUUUUUUUUUUUUUGUCUUUUGCCAAAUGGUCUUUUCCUGUACAGAUCUCAACUCUUACUGACGUUGCCUUUGGCACAAAGAUGCAUCAAUGCUAGCUAACUAGCGGUACUUUUUUGUGGGAGUAACUGUUGCCAAAAACAAACAAACUGCUACAGCCGGAAGAACACGCCUCAAGGGCUCGGUGGUGGUCGGGACUCACGGGGGGACAUUUUCCUGCUGAAAAGGUAUGGGUUGAACGUUCUAAUGUUGAUUCAAUCACAUGCUUCAAAACACAAAAUGUCAUUUUGAUUUAUAGUAAAACAAAUCCAAUCACCGGA